AUGGAAACGUCAAGAGUUGCUCUGGUAACGGCCGGAUCAAAGGGACUUGGUGCUGCGAUAGCACGGGCAUUGGCACGAGAUGCGCAAAUGCGGGUCGCUAUCAACUUCUGCUCAGACGCAGACGCCGCCGAAGCACUUGUACAUGAGCUGGAGGUAUUGAGUCCGGUACCGUUAGAAGCCAGCGGCACAGAUCCUCAAAGGCGGUUCCUCGCAGUGAAAGCAGACAUGGCGGACCGAAGUGAGAUUAACAGGCUCGUCCGGCAUACCGUAAACGAAAUGGGCCGUCUGGAUGUUGUUGUCUCCAAUGCGGGCUGGACAAAGGUAACGGAUUUUAUGGACUUGCAACAAGCCGAGGAUGAGUUGGAUUGGGAUAGAUGUUUCAACGUCAAUGUCAAAAGUCACCUGUUCCUGUUCCAAGCUUGUGCUCCGCACCUCGACCUUACUGAAGGGGCAUUCAUUAGCACUGCAAGCAUAGCAGGCGUGAAGCCUAGUGGAAGCUCCUUGCCAUACGCAGUGUCGAAGGCAGCACUGAUACACCUAUGCAGAUCACUUGCGGUCAUUGCAGCGCCUCGGAUCCGUGUGAAUUCGGUGUCGCCUGGUGUUGUUCUCACGGAUUGGGGCCUCAAAUUCCCAAAGGACCAGCUCAGAGCGGUGGAAGAGAAGAAUUCAUUGAAGCGCUUCGUUGCCGUUGAGGACGUUGCCAUGCAAGUCUUAUAUCUAGCGAACAGCAAGUCCGUCACUGGUACGAACAAUGUUAUCGAUGCUGGGUUCUCUCUGUAAUAUGGUGAUGUGCUGCACAGCUGUAUUUCAGGUUCUGCGACCCUACUAAGCUCCGUACGUUGAUAUCUGUAGAAUGGAAGCAAUACAACAGGAUAUUUUAUUCCACUGUAGAGCUUGCUUAUUG